UCUAUCAACUGACGCAAGUGGAUUCCUGCUGUUUCACAUUCUCAUUCAGACAGAAUUAUAGAAUACGAGUUUUCAAUAGUAACGUGUUCGUUGAUAAUAUUCCACUAUUCUGUACAACCGACAAAAACAGUGUGAAAUGGCGAUGUUUUACUUCGGCAAGUUGGCCCUUUGUCCUGCUCUCUGGAAAAAUAUCAAGCCUCAAAAUGUCUGCAGAAUGUGGUCAUCCACUGCUGUUAGAAAAGGGCUAGCAUUACCAUUUUCUGCACAACAUGUCACUCCUUCAAGAAAGAUGUCUACUCCAGCUGCAGAUCUUCAUUCCGCCACAGUGGAUAAGCAUCUGCCUCUGAACAAAUUAUCAGAAGAGGAAGAAAUGAUGCGGGACACAGUUGGUCGGUUGGCUAUUGAAGUGAUUCAACCACUUGUGAAAGAAAUGGAUGAAAAUAGCAGAAUGGACCAGUCAGUCAUUGAUGCCAUGUUUGAAAAUGGAUUAAUGGGAAUAGAUAUUGAUCCAAUGUAUGGUGGCACUGGCUCAUCAUUCUUUGUUGCUAACCUGGUGAUAGAAGAACUGGCUAAAGUUGAUCCAGCAGUUAGUGCUAUGGUGGAUGUACACAACACGGUUGUCAAUGCUGUAUUUCGAAGUCAUGCUUCUCCAGCUCACAAAGAAAAGUACCUGCCUCGAUUGACAAGUGAUACGGUUGGAAGUUUCUGUUUAUCAGAACCAGGAGCUGGUUCCGAUGCUUUUGCUUUGAAAACAUCAGCUGUGAAACAAGGCGACUACUAUAUUAUUAAUGGCAGUAAGAUGUGGAUUACAAAUGCUGAACAUGCUGGUGUGUUUUUAGUGAUGGCAAAUGUCAAUCCUGAAGCAGGUUAUCGAGGUAUCACAUGCUUUAUAGUUGAAAAAGACGCUGAAGGGUUAACAGUGGCCAAAAAAGAAGACAAAUUAGGAAUCCGAGCAUCCAGCACUUGUAUGGUUCAUUUUGAUAAUGUAAAGGUUCCAGAAGAAAACAUACUUGGAACUAUUGGUCAUGGCUAUAAAUAUGCUAUAGGUAUUCUUAAUGAAGGAAGAAUUGCCAUUGGAUCUCAGAUGAUUGGUCUGGCUAGUGGUUGUCUAGCUCACACUAUUGAUUAUGUUAUGCAACGAAAGCAAUUUGGACAAAGUAUAUGGAAUUUCCAGUCCAUGCAGCACCAAAUAUCCCGUGUUGCUACACAGAUUGAAGCUGCUCGACUCCUUGUUUACAAUGCUGCCAGAAUGAAGGAAGCUGGUCUCCCUAUUAUGAAGGAAGCAGCUAUGGCAAAGCUGUUUGCAUCUGAGGCAGCAACAGAAACUACAUCAAAGUGUAUAGAAUGGAUGGGUGGAGUUGGUUUUACCAAAGACUACCCUAUUGAAAAAUAUUUCAGAGAUUGCAAAAUUGGUACUAUUUAUGAAGGAACGUCAAAUAUUCAACUGAACACUAUAGCCAAAUGCCUUGCAACUGAAUACCAAAUGUAAGAACCGUACAAGAAACUGCAGUUUUUGAAUCCACUAUUUUCUCUCACUUGAGUUACACCACUUGUUUUUAAUUUAGAAACUAUGUCUACAACGAUAAAACAAAAAUGGGUUCUAACCAUUGAAAAAAACAACAAUCUAUUCUAAUCCACACAUAUCAAAAAAUAAAUCUCUUGUGGAAGUGAGAAAUCAACCAGUUCGUUAAAUUAUGAGACUAGCAAUGGUGUUUCUUCAGUGGUUGCUACUUGUUCACUGUUACAUAUUGUAGAGCACUGAACCUCAUAGUUUUGUUCCUAAGUGUUCUGAGUUCAGACCUUGCAGCCUUCUGAGUAGCAGUAACAUGCCAGAUCAAACCCAAAAAAUGCACUUAUGUUUAAUAAAAGUAUAUUUACAGGUUAGGUGGAAGAAACUGCAAAAUGUUAAGACUAAGAUAUUUAAUUAUUAUUUAAUGUAUUGAACUCAAUUCCAGCUGAAAUCAAUGUUAACUUCCAUCUCUCCUCCUCCGAGUCUUUGAAGCAAUUUAAUAAUAUACUGCAAUCAAUUCCUAC